AUCAAAUCUGAGAGAAUAGGCGGUUAUCAUUCUUUCAGCUCAGUAUACAAACACUUGCUAAGUACUAACUAACCAGUGCCAACUCUUUCUUCAUCACUAUACUCAAAUUCAGUUAGGGUUUAUCGUAAUCCACCACAAAACCCUAAUUUCGCUAACCCUAACCCCAAAUUUCACUGCAAAACCCUACCAUGACGAAGGUUUACGGCACCGGAACCUACGAUUUCCGUCGCCACAGAGUCGCAGAGUAUCCCCUCGCCGAACCAAAGCCAGUAGAAUGGAGUCAAAAAUCCGGUGGAGGAGGUUUACCGAACAACAUCACGGUUUCCGAGAUUCAACGCGAUCGAUUGACGAAGAUUGCUGAAUCGAAUUGGUUGAAAGGUAGUGAGAAGAAGAAGGAGUUUGAUGGUGAGCUUGUUAAGAAGAUUUAUGAAACGGAGUUGUUGGUGAAAGAAGGACAAGGGAAUAAUAAGCCUGUUCCGCUUCAGAGGGUUAUGAUUUUGGAGGUUUCGCAGUAUUUGGAGAAUUAUCUUUGGGUUAAUUUUGAUCCUGAAACUGCGAGUUUUGAGCAUGUUAUGUCGAUUAUUAUCAUGGUUAAUGAGAAGUUCAGAGAGAAUGUUGCUGCUUGGGUUUGCUUCCAUGAUAGGAAAGACGUUUUCAAAGAAUUUCUCGAGAGGGUUAUUCGCUUAAAGGAGGGAAGGGAACUGAAUAUUGCAGAGAAGACAAAUUACCUUGUUUUCAUGAUAAAUGCCUUUCAGAGUUUAGAAGAUGAGGUUGUUAACGAGGCAGUGUUAAGACUAGCAGAUUUGAAGUCCUGGUUCAGUUUGUCUUAUGGUCGUUUUCAGAUGGAGCUUUGUCUUAAUCCAGGCUUGGUCAAGAAAUGGAAAAAUAUGUUAAAGAAGGAACCUGUGAAAGGGGGAAAGCAUUUGGAUCCUUCAACUACAGUUGAAGUGACGUUUUUGAGAAAUCUUAUAGAAGAAUUUCUGGAGAUACUGGAUUCACAGGUAUUUUACCAGAGACAGCUGUCUGGCGAGGAUGAUGAACUAAUUAAUGAGACUGGUUCGUGGCUAAUUAAUGAUGCUUGUGUCCUCUAUUGUGAGAGGUUUAUGGAAUUUCUUAUUGACCUCUUGAGUCAAUUGGCAACAAGAAGGUAUUUGAGACCUCUAGUGGCUGAUGUAGCUGUUGUUGCCAAAUGCCAUCUGAGUGCACUCUAUAGGCAUGAAAAGGGGAAACUUUUUGCCCAGUUGGUUGAUUUACUACAAUUUUAUGAAGGGUUUGAGAUUAAUGAUCAUACUGGGGUACAGUUAACAGAUCAUGAGGUUGUUGAAUCCCAUUACAGCCGACUGCAGUCAUUCCAGCUACUUGCAUUUAAAAAGAUAGACAAGCUGCGGGAGCUUGCUUUGACUAACAUUGGUUCAAUUCACACGCGGGCAAAUCUAUCCAAGAAAUUGUCUGUUCUUUCUCCUGAGGAGUUAAGGGAUCUGGUUUGCUGUAAGCUCAAACUGGUCUCUAAGGAUGAUCCCUGGUCAGAGAGGGUGGAUUUUCUUAUUGAAAUAAUGGUGUCUUAUUUUGAGAAGCAACAAUCUCAAAAAGAAGCUAUCAAUGCUCUUCCUCUUUAUCCAAACGAGCAGAUUAUGUGGGAUGAAAGUGUUGUACCAAGCAUAAAUUAUUCUGGAGAAGGUUGUUUAGCGUUACCAAAGCUGAACUUACAAUUUUUAACAUUACAUGACUAUCUUCUUCGAAAUUUUAAUCUCUUUCGACUCGAAUCAACAUAUGAGAUACGCGAGGACAUUCAGGAAGCUGUUCCACAUCUUCUUGCAUAUAUUAACAUUGAUGGAGAAACUGCUUUUCGCGGUUGGUCAAGAAUGGGUGUACCAAUCAAAGAAUUCAGGAUCGCUGAAGUAAAACAACCCAACAUAGGAGAAGUCAAGCCAUCAUCUGUGACUGCAAAAGUUACCUAUAGCAUUUCCAGCUAUAGAUCCCAUAUUAGAUCUGAAUGGGAUGCACUAAAAGAACAUGAUGUAUUGUUUUUACUAACUAUUCGCCCAUCAUUUGAGCCUCUUAGUGCAGAAGAAGAAAACAAAGCCAGUGUGCCACAGAAGCUUGGCCUACAGUAUGUGCGGGGGUGUGAAAUUAUUGAGAUUCAUGAUGAAGAAGGGACCCUUAUGAAUGAUUUUUCUGGUAAAAUUAAGCGGGAGGAUUGGAAGCCACCAAAGGGAGAAUUGAGAACAGUAACAGUGGCUUUGGAUACAGCACAGUACCACAUGGAUGUCAAUAACAUUGCUGAGAAAGGGGGAGAAGAUGUUUAUGGUACAUUUAAUGUGUUAAUGAGGAGAAAGCCAAAAGAAAACAAUUUUAAAGCAAUUUUAGAAUCAAUAAGGGACUUGAUGAAUGAAUACUGUAUUGUUCCUAAAUGGUUGGAGAAUAUUUUUCUUGGUUAUGGGGAUCCUUCAGAUGCUCAGUGGACUAGUGGGUCUAAACUAUUACCUGAUCUAUUAGAAACAGUAGAUUUCAAAGAUACCUUUUUAGAUGCGGAUCACUUGAAAGGAAGUUUUGGUGAUUAUGAGGUUACUUUCGUAAAUCAUGAUGGCACUGAGAACUUGAACCCAAGCCCUCCUUUUAAAAUCAAGAUUCCUCGGACGCUCAAAGGAAGCAAUGGUGCCCUUCCUGGGAGGGCAGUGUCUACUUCUGGUGCAGCAAAUGAUAUCAAUAUGGUUGAUACUAAUCAUCAGAAAGAAACACUGGUAAUUGAGACAUAUACUCCUCCUGACCCUGGUCCAUAUCCUCAAGAUCAGCCAAAGCAGAAUUCAGUUAGAUUUACAGCCACACAGGUUGAAGCAAUUAUAUCAGGUAUUCAGCCUGGCCUAACUAUGGUUGUUGGGCCACCUGGUACAGGAAAGACUGAUACAGCUGUACAAAUUCUAAAUGUUCUUUAUCAUAACUGUCCUUCUCAGAGAACCUUAAUAAUUACUCAUUCAAAUCAAGCUUUGAAUGACCUAUUUGAGAAGAUAAUGCAGAGAGAUGUACCUGCCCGUUAUCUUCUCCGACUUGGUCAGGGAGAACAAGAGCUUGCUACUGAUCUUGAUUUUAGUCGGCAAGGUCGCGUCAAUGCUAUGCUUGUUAGACGGUUAGAACUGCUAAGUGAAGUGGAGAGGCUAGCUAGAUCUCUUCAGUUGCCAGAGGAUGUGGGUUACACUUGCGAAACUGCAGGGUAUUUCUGGUUGCUUCAUGUUUAUUCACGCUGGGAGCAAUUUCUUGCUGCUUGCGCCGAGAAUAAAGAAAAGCCAACAUUUGUUCGAGAUCGUUUUCCCUUCAAAGAGUUCUUCUGUGACACACCACAUCCUGUAUUUACCGGUGAGUCUUUUGAGAAAGACAUGCGGGCUGCUUUGGGGUGCUUUCGUCAUCUGAAGACUAUGUUUCAAGAACUUGAAGAGUGCCGGGCUUUUGAAUUACUGAAGUCAACAGCAGACAGAGCUAACUACUUAAUGACUAAGCAGGCUAAGAUUGUGGCAAUGACUUGUACCCAUGCCGCUCUAAAGAGGAAAGAUUUCCUUCAGCUAGGUUUUAAGUAUGAUAACUUGUUGAUGGAAGAAAGUGCCCAAAUUUUAGAAAUUGAGACUUUCAUUCCAAUGUUACUCCAGAGGCAGGAGGAUGGCCACGCACGGCUUAAACGCUGCAUUCUAAUUGGUGAUCAUCACCAACUGCCUCCUGUUGUGAAAAAUAUGGCUUUCCAAAAGUACAGCCACAUGGACCAGAGCUUAUUUACCAGGUUUGUCCGUCUGGGCAUUCCUUACAUUGAACUAAAUGCUCAAGGAAGAGCCAGGCCAAGUAUAGCCAAACUUUACAACUGGAGAUACAGAGACUUGGGAGACCUUCCUUUUCUAAAGGAGGAAGCAAUAUUCAAUAGGGCAAAUGCUGGAUUUGCUUAUGAUUAUCAGUUAGUGGAUGUUCCAGAUCACAAUGGUAAGGGGGAGACAACCCCAUCUCCAUGGUUUUACCAAAACGAGGGAGAAGCUGAAUAUAUUGUCAGCGUUUAUAUAUACAUGCGUUUAUUGGGGUAUCCUGCCAAUAAGAUAUCAAUUUUGACCACUUACAAUGGCCAGAAACUUCUCAUCCGCGAUGUUAUAAACAGGAGAUGUGUUCCAUAUAACUUCAUUGGUGCACCAAGCAAGGUUGCUACAGUGGAUAAGUUUCAAGGUCAGCAAAAUGAUUUUAUACUGCUGUCUCUUGUGCGCACUCGAUUUGUUGGUCACCUACGUGAUGUAAGGAGGUUGGUGGUUGCCAUGUCACGUGCUCGGCUUGGUUUAUAUGUCUUUUGCCGCCGUUCCCUUUUUGAACAGUGCUAUGAGCUGCAGCCUACAUUUCAGCUUCUUCUCAAGAGACCAGACCAUCUUGCCCUUAAUAUGAAUGAGAUUACAUCAUAUACUGAACGGAAUGCUGAAGAUCCUGGGCCCAGGCAUCAUGUACAUCUCGUCAGUGGCAUUGAAGAGAUGAGUAGUAUCAUAGACAGGUUGUAUCAGGAGAAAAUGAGAUUUCAAUUUGAGCAAAAUGGAUCUUAUUUUAGUCACCUAGAGCCAUCAGUAAGUACAGAUUUGGUACAAAAUGGGCAGCAGACCGCGGAUACUCAUCAAGAACAGUCAGUAGAUACAGAUACGGUACAAAACAGGCAGCAGAUUGCAGACACUGAUAUGCCUGAGCAACAUGAAAGCAGUGAAGCUAUAACUGUUGAUAACCAUGUUGCCAGAGAUAUACCAUCUGAAAGGAGCAUGGAAGAUGGUACUAUAGUUGAUGGUAGUGCUGGUGUUGAAAACGGGAGCAUAGCACCAUAGAAGAAGCCCUUCAAACAAAGCAACAGGGGUUGUGCGGAUUCCUAAUGUCAAGAUAAAUCAAUACUGAACUGACAAAUGUAGCAAUAGAAAAUGAGGUUUUUUCAUGUUCAGGUUAAAAAGUGAGGUGGAGUUGAGGAUUUAGUGUAUUGUUAGUAACAAUUGUUGUUAGUCUACUAUGGAUGGGUUUAUUGGUCAGGAAGCAAUUUUUGUCCAUCACAUUUUGAUGCACUGAUGAAUUUUUACUGUAGAAUAUAUAUUCCUUAUUAGAAAUUGGAUGUUCUGUAUUUUUGGUCUGUCGGCUGUUCUAGAAAGCAA